AUGGAUGCGGAAUAUAGAAGGAAGAGUGUAGGAAUAGUGGGUAGAAAUUCAGAAUUAGGACACGAUAUCUUCGUGAGCAGUGAGAAACAUCGAGAGCUCGCUAGAUCCCUGAAACUGGUCUCCUCUCCAACGCGACAGAAUGAAGCAGCGAGUAGCAGUAGCGGUUCGACUCAACACGGAGCGACGUUCGCGGUCCGGGUUGGCACGAUGGACGGGGUAGUCACGCAUCAUUUACGAGCUGAAACACGAAGAGAUCUGGCGGCUUGGGCGCGGGCGAUUGUUCAAGGAUGUCACACGGCUGCUCAUUCCUUGCGAGAAUACACUGUUCGUUGCACAUGGCAAGGUAAGGCCUGUCAGUUGGUUGUCAACCAUGAAGAAGGUUUCGCGCUUUACUCCGCAGGAACGCGGGGUACUGCCGGGAACGGCGUAAGUCCUGGAUCACCACCCACGCCACUCUGGAGAAGAUCCUUCGACAAAUUGAAAAUGUCCGCGGACGACGGCGCCCGUCUUCUGUGGCUCGAUUUUGGAGGCGAAGAUGGCGAAAUUGAGCUAGAUUUGGAAAGUUGUCCAAAACCAAUCGUGUUCGUCCUGCACAACUUCCUUUCGGCGAAGAUUCAUCGGCUUGGUCUGAGUGCAUAGGGGCACGAGGGGGCCCUCACAGAGGCCCCCGACUUGCCCCCUCACACUACGAGGUCUGUUACCAGCGUCUUUCUUCACUGAACUCGAAAAUAAUCACAGUGAAAUGGAGAAAAUUAAUUUUUUUCUUCGAGAAUUCGAAGUAACAAAUAACAGAACCGAGACUUGAUCAGAAACAUCCUAAUGGAUAAGAAAUGUGAGGACUAUAAUCUUUGUCAAAGAUUUCGCAUCGCGUGCAGCAUCCUAUUCUAGUUGCGAAGCUUUGAAAUGUGGAAGAAAAAGAGAUUCGAAGUGAAACAGUAAUAGUGUAACAGUUUAGGAAUGAGUGAGA